GACUCUAUUAAGGAUUAUUGGGAGAGAAUAUUGUCCAUUCAGUCACCGUCACUUAUACAAUGGCUUCAAAAAACCGACUCCCCUCUCUCCUGCUCUCACAGCUGCUCUGUCCUAGCUACAAUAGGCAAUAUUCCAAUGGGCCGUCUUUCAGUGGAGACAAAGACACACAUACUACCUUUACUUCUAAACCUCAGCAAGGACUCUAACCCAUCUAUCAAGUCUAGUGCCAUUAGGACCCUUGGUAUAUUCAGCCAGUAUUCAAGUCAAUGUUUUACUGAUACCUUCAUACUUGACGCUUGUGUUGGUAUCACUAAUGGACUUGAUUUAAAACAGGUGGUUGCCGUUCGGAUACAAGCCAGCUGGUCAGUUGGGAACAUGACAGAUUCCUUGAUUCAUGACGAAGGAUGGAAAGAUAAGGUUCCUUUGCUCUACGAGUCUGUGGUUGUCGCAAUAGAAGGCACUGAGGAGGUGAAAGUAAAUGCUUUACUUGCAUUGUACAAGUCAGUGCUUGUCGCAAUGGAAGACAUUGAGAAGGUGAAAGUAAAUGCUUUUCGUGCUGCUGGUAAUCUCCUUCAUGUCCUCACUGAUGAAAUAUACAUGUAUUUAAAGUGUGAACAUGGUGUGAUAGAAAAGAUUUGCUCUAAAUUGGCUAAAUAUAUUAAUGUUGGUAUAAUGAAAGGCAGAGUGGAAUGCCUGCUAUGCUUGCUAUAAUGCUUUCACUAAUCCUUCCUUUCUAAAGAACUGCUCUCAGCCAAUGCUAGGAAUGAUUGAGUCUCUCUGUUCCGCUGUAGUCACUUGCAAGAAUUUUAAAGUGCGUACAAAUGCUGCUUUGGCUCUUGGUGGUCCUUUUUCU